UUUGGUUCAUCCAAAAAGUCAGCGCCUUCCUCUAUGUUUCUAAUUUCCCCUUUUUUUCUGUAUCUUUGUUCUCUCCCAAGUUUCCUCCAUUAGAACAUAAGUACUAAAAAGAACUGGUUUUUUUUUUUUUUUGAAAAAUUCUAGACAUAUCUUCAAAUCGAUUCUUCUCUCAAAAAUGGCUCAUGAGGAUUGGGAUCUCUUUGCCAUCGUGAGAAGUUGCAAAGCUUCACCCUUUAGUGUCACCGCAGACACAAACACAGAAACCCCACCCACCAUCUCCAUCACUCCUAACACAACCACCUCUUCUCGCUUUGAUGCUUUCAUGGUUAACCAUGAAAGUGGCUCAUUCUCUUUUCCCAAUCUUGUGCAACAAAGAACCAAUGAGUUCCAAGAGCUUCACCAAUUGUUGAUGAACUUCAACCCCACCACCACCACAAACACCAUUAGUAGCACUAGCACUAUCACUAGUGCCCUUGGCAUCAAUCCCAAUUCCACUUUUUCUGACGUUGCGGGAUUCAUUGGACAACAGCAGACACAGCAAAGUCACCACCACCAUCAUCUAGUUCCUGCUCCCACAAAUUACACUUCCAUUGGAGCACCCUCCACUACUGGUUUUGACAUAUUCCACCACCACCAACAGCAGCCACAAACGCAAACCCAAAUUCCAGAGCAACAAAAAACCUUUCAAGCACCACAAACAAGUCCCAUCCUUUCACCAAACACACAGUCACAACCCCAGGCACCCAGACCAAGAAAAAGAAAAAACCAACAGAAGAAAAUGGUAUGUCAUGUAACCGCAGACAACCUCUCAGCAGACUUAUGGGCAUGGCGAAAAUAUGGUCAGAAACCCAUAAAAGGCUCUCCAUAUCCAAGGAACUACUACAGAUGCAGUAGCUGCAAAGGAUGCGCCGCGAGAAAGCAAGUGGAGAGAAGCACCACAGAACCGAACACGUUCAUCGUUACCUACACCGGCGAUCACAAGCAUGCAAAACCUGUUCACCGGAACUCCCUCGCCGGAAGCACUCGCUCCAAGCCAUCCUCCACCCGUUUACCCGAAACCAACGAAACCGGGUCUUGCUCCAAAGAAGAAAACGCUGCGUGUUCUUCUACUUCUGCGCUUUCUCCGACGUCGUUUAGGUCCGGUACGCCAGAAAAUGAGGCAGGAGUCGCUGCCGGCGAACAUGAACCGGAAUUGGGAACAGUCCCCGAUGCACAGUCUGAAAACGAAGACGACGACGUUUUGAUACCCAACGUGGGUGCCAUGUCGGACGCUAUUCUCUUGGGGUUGACCACUAAGUGAUUAGAAUAGAUUUGAAUAGCACUUCGGGUCAACCCGGUCCGAUUCUGACCCGUUUCUCAACCCUGUGUUGGCUCUUGAAAGUUCAAACUGCUUAGUUCUUCGUCCCCUAAAAAAUCUUGAACUUCUUUUGUUAAUUGUAAUAAUCUCAUUUUUGUAUGAAUAUAAAUAUAUAGGUUUAGUUUUAUA